AGUCGGGCAUAAUAAAUACGAGCUCUGCUUUCAAAACUAGUUUGUAUAUUCCUAUUAUCCUCGACCAUUAUAAUACCGUACAUAAUACAGUAAAUAUCCUGAAUGUUUCCUGAGUAGGCGGCUCUGCCAAAACGUCAGCUGGGAAGGGCGGAGCCUGCCCUCCGAUUGGUGGAAGUAACGACUACGGCCAACCAACAGAGAUAGGCACUGUUGCCGACUACCAGAUACGGUAUCUUUCUCAGAAUAGACAUUGUCAGUCGCUCAGCCACCCCGAAAACACACGCAGAUCAGAAAAGUGAGGUUAAAGUUUAAAAUUUUGGAGGUUGAAAGUUAUGUCAUUGUGAACAACAUGAGUAUGCAAGGUAACGGUGUCGAUAUGUCAGCGCUUAUGUCGCAACAUCCCGUGCUAGGCGCAAUUCCGCCCGCGUUCUUUCUGAGGGCCUCAGAAAGGUAUCAGAGAACUCCCAAAUGUGCUAGAUGUAGAAAUCACGGUGUAGUGUCCGCCUUGAAGGGUCAUAAACGAUAUUGUCGCUGGAGAGACUGUAAUUGCCCAAAAUGUACUCUUAUCGCGGAAAGACAGAGGGUUAUGGCGGCCCAAGUUGCGUUGAGAAGACAACAGGCUCAGGAGGAGAACGAGGCCAGGGAGCUGGGGAUUUUGUUCCCUACGCCAAAUCCUGCUGUAGGCGAGCAACCUAUUCCAACAACACCGAACAUUCCACCACCUACAACAGAUAUCAAUAUGCAGCCUAUGAUGCAGAGAAGUUCGUUUGUCACUUCAGAAGCUGCUGAUCGUACUAUUUCACCAGGCAACAAAAGACCAAGGAUGAGUGUUGAAGAGUCUCGUGCGGAAUCAGAUUCUGACCAAGAGGAGGCCAAACGGAGUCGUCACUCUUCGCCAAACCCAACGCAAUCUCUACCAAAUGCACAAACACCUUCACCCACCCCUGUGGCUAGCCCAGAUCCGGAUCUUGACGUAGGCGAAGAUACUCAAGGCGAAGCCCCUGAAAACUUAUCCCUGAAGAAAUCACCCAGUCCUGAAACGUCACCGCCGCCAACAAUAAGUUUUCCGCAGUAUCCACCAUUCAAUCCUUUUCCCCAAUUUCCAUCACAGUUCGUCGGACACAGAUCUCCAGUCGAUGUGCUUCUCAGAGUUUUCCCAAACAGGAGGAGAUCAGAUGUUGAAGCGGCCCUACAAAGAUCCAAAGGGGACGUCCUGCAAGCCAUGGAGUUCAUGGUCAUCGCAGGUGCCGAAGAUAUGUCAACUCCUUCGGCCUUUUCACCAUUAGGGCCACCACCAAACUUCCACAGGUUCAGCCCUUCCAGAAGAUUCCUGUCUGCACCGUACGCUGGGACGGGUUAUCUUCCAACAGUUAUUAGACCCCCUCCAGAAUACGGCUUGCCUCUGGUUGGAGCAGUACACGACAUGUAUAAUAGCGAAAAAAUGACUGCUUCCUCUCCGGGUUCGAACACAGGGUCUGACAAGACAUCCUACUCGGAAUGAGUCUUCUAGGAGGUAUGAGAGUUCAUCUGAGUUCAGAUGGGUGGGAAGAUCUGGAGGAUAUUUACUAGUCAGGACGAAUUAAAAUGAAUAAUAUUCGUUUAAAAAAAAUAAUGGAUAUCUAUUAUUCCAUCAACCGAAUCUGAGUCGCUAGCAUUGAAUCGAAAGAAGUAAUUUCGUGUUUCCAGACAAUGGGAAAUAUGGAAAUGAAUGAAACCAGAAAAACAUGUAAUGAAAAUAUAAAAUGAAACGAAGU